AUGCCUCUCACCUUCGUGCGAAGGAGAGUGCCCCUCGCCAAUUCACUUCAGGCUGUCACUGCCGCUUCUAAAAUCACAGCGCAAGUGGUCAAUGCCCUUCAGUUUCCUCCAGCGGCAGCGGCAGCUACCAUUGUGCUUGUUAUCCUAAACACCAUACAAGGUAUUCAAAAUAACAAAUCUGACUGUGAUAGGCUAGCAAGGCGCGCCGCAACGAUCCUGGUGGACAUCAACGAACAAAUGCAGGGGCGGUGGGACAAGGCUCCGGGGCCACUCCUACGGAACCUGAGAAAAUACGAGGAGACCCUGUCAGCUCUUAGCUCGUUCAUGAAGGAGCUUGCAGAUGCGAAGUGGAGAGAUCGAUUCUGGAAGAAGGCCUCGAUUGAAAGUGCUAUCAAGGAGCAUGGCUUGAGGCUGAACGAGGCGGCACAGUCUUUUCAUAUGGCUACUCUCAUUGACAUUCAUUACACUGUUGGUUCCCGUUCAGAGGAUUCUGGAAGCGACAAAAAACCAGCACUUGACAAAGGCGAGGACUCAGUAUCGGUCGGGGGACAGAUGUCUUUGCCGCCCUACUCUUCUGAACCGGAGACAAUGAAGGACGUAGCCGAGGAGGAGAUCAUAGAACUGAAAAGCGAGGGAGCUGCUGAACUCGCCGAAGAUCUGCAGAGCGAACUCCAGGUUCAAGGCUCCGAAGAACUCACCGAUGAGUUAGCAGAAGAUAAAGACCUGGAUUACUUCCUCCCAGGGGAAUUAUCCUCGUCUACUACCUAUGACGAGCACGGGGCAUGUUCUUUUUCCCGCCUUACCACUUCAAAAGGACUUAACAUGACUUUUGGGCCAGUUCCGUCGAUAUCACCAGUCCGACGUCGUGCUCCGGGGUCGAUCCCGUGGAAAGCAAGGAUGAGAUAUAAUGGGCCAAAAGGCGAGGCGAAGAAGGCGUGGCUACGGGACGUGAAAAUGCUUCAGAACCUCUACCACCCGAAUUUACCUCAGAUGCUUGGUUUCUCCGACGAGAAAUCACAUACCCCAUUUAUCACCUUCACUAAAGUCAAAACACAGUCCCCCCAAGCGCUUGCGCGGCAAGUGCUAUCUUCAGCGAAUGUAGCGGUUAAUGUUGAGCUUAUGCUGCGUUUAUACCGCGACUUGGCGGAUACGGCCAUGUAUACCCAGCAGCAGCUGGGUCUCGAUGAGAAUAAGCUUCAGGAUUUUAUUGAGGGUUCGACAUUUCACGUCGAUUCGAAGACUUUAGUCGUGUCUCUUCCCCCACCAAGAAGUGCAAACUCGUUCAGCGCUCGAAACUACGGCAUUGCCCAUACAUUAUUGAACGCAUGUCUGGGUAUGCUUCCCAACAACGGGCGUAUAUCCUAUACCUAUGAGCACUGCGACGAGGACCUGACCGAGGACAUGCAGCGGAAAGUGAAUCAGGUGAUCGCUCUCAUCCGCGGACUCUUCCCGAAGGACGGGCAGGAAGCGGUCCUGUCCCAGACAGCUGAGCGGUUCGUCGAGGACAGCGACUUCGACGUGCCGCUCGUGACGCUGCGCCAGAUACGCGACGCGAGCUUUGCGAAUGGCGCCCACGACCACAUGUGGUACGAGCGCUCUGUGAAGGCGCAUCAGUUUGCGGUGGGGGAUGUGGGGUACGUGCCGGAGGGCGAGAAGUUUGGUUCGUUUGUGAGGAUACGGAAUGUUUUGGAGGAUAAGCUUGUGGAACUUGAUGUGGAGAACAAGAGGUCGGCGGAGAGCUGGAACUGGAAGGCGUGGCCUAUGCGCAGGGAGCAGGUGCAGCCGUUUGAGCUGCCUCAGAAUGUUGCUGGAUGGCCAGUUGCUGUCCCUCCUUACGAGCAAGUUGACAUCAUGGUUAUUCAUGAAGCCAUCGUAAAGCGGCCAGCAGAAGCAUGGCGUUAUUUACUCGCGAACGGGAAAUCCAUAGCAGCAGAGGCGGCGGUCAAGCCCGAGCAGCUUAUCCUCGUGACGAGCGCAGGCACUCACCAGGAUUUCUACAUCCGCGACUGCAGGUUUCCGCCGCCGACUCCGCAUGGUAACCCCCGCUUCGCAGCGAACCCAUUCCACCAGCAGCAAACGCACGGUUUCCACCAACCUCCAGGCUUCGGCGGGCACGGGCAAUUUGGUGCCCCCCCUGGUUUCCACCACGGAGGAUUCGGGCAGCCAGUGCUACCCUCCAUUUUCUACCUGUUUACAUCUCUGGAUCGAGAACACGAGCCGUACUGGUCCUCAUCGCCGAUGUGCGUGCCGAGGGGUGCAGAAAGGCCGCCGAUUGACAGGAAUUUCACGUACAAGAUUGGGUGGAAUACAGGUUUUAUGCACUACGUACAGCUUGAUGCGGAGGAUUUUCUCGAAUAA